UGAAAAAUGGUUUCUUGAAUUGGUGAUGAUGAAGGUGGGGAUUUAAUUGGAUGAGAAAUUGAUGGAGAAGGGAAAAGAAAGAGAAAUAAAAAACGAUGGUGAUGAUGGAAGUGGGAUGAUGGGAAUCAAGAUGAUAGCACAUGUACCAUGUCAAGGGAUCCAUUACACAUUUGAGGAGGUACUUGAGAACAAAGUAGUGGCUGUAGAAUUUGUGAGAAAAUCUAUAGCGAAUAGCAUUGCCACUGUCUUUAAAAGUAAGGAAAAAUUCUUGGCAGCAAAAGAGGCUCAUGUCACACAAGUUAAACAUCUCCAAGAGCUUAAAGAAGAAAUCUCUAACCUUGAAGCCGAGCUUUCAGAGUUAAGAAACCAGGUUCCUCUUGCAGAGCAAACUAAGAAGAGUUUGGCAGAACAAAGAAACAAGCUCCGCGCAGACAUGGAAGUUGGUUUGAAAUCUGCUGCCAAGAUCAAGGAUCAGCUGCCUUCUUUCACAGCUUCUACAGAUGAAGCCGCGGAAGAAAUCAAGAACAUGAGAGAAUAAUGGAGUACUUGGCAAAACAACCUUUGUUGAUUUUUCUUUUAUGUAUCUCCUUUGCUUUUUGCUAGUUGAACUUGCAUAUUGUGAUCCUUGAACUUAUUGUUUGCGGCCUAUUGGCCAUGCAAACUUCUUUUUCAA